AUGGAGGUUAAUACAAAACUAUGUUCGGAAAUAGGCAAGGAGUUAGAAGACGUGACAAUUUAUAGACAAUUGGUAGGAAGUCUAAUCUAUCUCAUGCUAACUCAACCAGAUAUUACAUAUGCAGGAAGUAUUGAUUAUGGUGUCCUUUACCGUAAUGAUAGAAAUUUUGAAGUUGUUGAAUAUUGUGAUGUUGAUUAUGCUGGAGAUCUUGAUAUACGUCGAUCAAUUACUGGUUAUGUGUUUAGCCUGGGUUCUGGAGCAAUUUUAUGGUGUAGUAAGAGACAACCAACAGUGUCAUUGUCAAGUACGGAAGCAGAGUACCGAGCUUCAGUGAUGGCAACACAAGAAUGUGUAUGA